GAUAAAAUGCCAGGGCUUGGACUGCCUCUGGGGAUAACCUCACCCUGUGUGAUGUGAAUGAAUAGCAUCUUGCCUAGUAAAUCCACAGGAAUUGAUAAGGCAGACGCAGGUCUUCCAACAGGCCUUUUCUAUCUUUUGGCUGUAGCUGGGGCUUCUGUAGCAAUUUUAUUUUUGCCUUGAAAGAAGUGCUCUGGAUUCUCAGACCUCCAUGUAUGACAAUUUGUACCUGCAUGGAAUUGAAGACUCGGAGGCUGGUUCGGCGGACUCCUACACGAGCAGGCCGUCUGACUCCGAUGUCUCCUUGGAAGAGGAUCGGGAAGCAAUUCGGCAAGAGAGAGAGCAACAAGCCGCUAUCCAGCUUGAGAGAGCAAAGUCCAAGCCUGUAGCAUUUGCUGUGAAAACGAACGUGAGCUACUGCGGUGCCCUGGAUGAGGAUGUGCCCGUUCCCAGCACGGCCAUCUCCUUUGAUGCCAAGGACUUUCUCCACAUUAAAGAGAAAUAUAACAAUGAUUGGUGGAUAGGAAGGCUGGUGAAAGAGGGCUGUGAGAUUGGCUUCAUCCCAAGUCCACUUAGACUGGAGAAUAUACGGAUUCAGCAAGAACAAAAAAGGGGGCGUUUUCAUGGAGGGAAAUCCAGUGGGAAUUCUUCUUCAAGUCUUGGAGAAAUGGUAUCAGGGACAUUUCGAGCAACACCCACAUCAACAGCAAAACAGAAGCAAAAAGUGACGGAGCACAUCCCUCCUUACGAUGUUGUGCCAUCCAUGCGUCCGGUGGUGUUAGUGGGCCCGUCACUGAAGGGUUAUGAGGUAACAGACAUGAUGCAGAAAGCCCUCUUUGAUUUCCUGAAGCACAGGUUUGAUGGGAGGAUAUCAAUAACAAGAGUGACAGCUGACAUUUCUCUUGCUAAGAGGUCUGUCCUAAAUAAUCCCAGCAAGCGAGCAAUAAUUGAACGUUCGAACACUCGGUCCAGCUUAGCCGAAGUACAGAGUGAAAUUGAAAGAAUCUUUGAGUUGGCAAGAUCUUUGCAACUGGUUGUUCUUGAUGCAGACACCAUCAAUCACCCAGCACAACUUAUAAAGACUUCUUUAGCACCAAUUAUUGUUCAUGUCAAAGUUUCAUCCCCAAAGGUUUUACAGCGGCUGAUAAAAUCUAGAGGGAAGUCCCAAAGUAAACACUUAAAUGUUCAACUGGUGGCGGCCGAUAAACUUGCGCAGUGUCCCCCAGAAAUGUUUGAUGUUAUACUGGAUGAAAAUCAGCUGGAGGAUGCGUGUGAGCAUCUGGGAGAGUACCUCGAAGCGUACUGGCGUGCCACCCACACAACCAGUAGCACCCCCAUGACCCCCCUGCUCGGAAGGAAUUUGGGCUCAACGGCACUCUCACCAUAUCCCACAGCAAUUUCCGGGUUACAGAGUCAGCGCAUGAGACACAGCAACCACUCUACAGAGAACUCUCCAAUUGAAAGACGAAGUCUAAUGACCUCUGAUGAAAAUUAUCACAAUGAAAGGGCUCGGAAGAGUCGGAACCGCUUGUCUUCCAGUUCCCAGCACAGCCGAGAUCAUUACCCUCUUGUGGAAGAAGAUUACCCUGACUCAUACCAGGACACUUACAAACCCCACAGGAACCGAGGAUCGCCUGGGGGAUAUAGCCAUGACUCCCGACAUAGGCUUUGAGUCCGCAGAAGCAAACAAAAAAUCCAUCUGUUGACAAUUUGCCAUAGCACUGCUAGGAUAAACCAAUCAUCUUAACUUGGCAAGUAUAGCACAGUAUUCACUGUGCUUGUUGGCUACUGUAAUUUGAUGCUAGGUAAGGGGCAAAAAAAAAAAAAGUACAUUAUGCCCUUAAGUCUAGAUGGUUAUUAGAUGCCCAGUCAUAUAGAUAUUUUUAAGCGUGGCAUUUACAUAACAGUACCUUUUGUUUUCUUCAUUAGAUUUAGACACAUCAAUUUGUAAUUUAGGGUACUUAUCAAGGCACAUAUAAAAUAAUUUCCCAUGCUGGAAAUUCCAAAUGACCAGUUCCAGUUGGAACCAAUUUAUAAACCAAUUCCUGUUGGAAUUUGGGUGAAUCGACUAGAAAGUCUACUUGAGCAUGUUGUAGUCAAUUUAAAAAAUCUGAAAAAAAAAAUAAACCAAAAAACCAAAAACCUAAUUAAUAAGAAAAUCAAAAUACCAACAGAACCAAAAACCAGGUAUGGUAUUUAUUUGCUGGAAGCUAAAUUUACAUUUAAAGUCGGAAUAUAUAAACGUUUUAAUAUAUGUUAAUGUUGCUGGAAUGGCUUUUCAAACUUACCAAAAGUAUUGAUAGUACCAAAAAAAGUCUCCCAUUAAUGCAGAAAUUAUUCACUCUCCUCAGAUUUUUAAUAUUUUUGUUUCUUUCCUGGCACAGCUGUUGUAUUCAACGUGUUUUGCUUUUUGUUUAGUCACUACUGUUAGCUUGUUUGAAGUUGGCAAAAAAUACCAUAGAAAACAAAAAGCCCCUCAAAAUUUCUUUAGCAGUGAGAGAGAAUAAUAAAAAGAAACCCAAUCAUAGCUGGUCACGAGAAAUGGAAAAAGGGGUGUUGUUUCCCCUUUACUCAAUCUGAGCACAACUACAUACCCAACAACCAGGAAUCUGAAGUCAAAGCAGUGAGGAUGGGCACAGAGCCUCUGAGUACGAAGCUAAUCAUCUCCAGAUGGGAAUUCAUCUGUCCAACUAACCACAAACACGGGGCCCUUGUUUCCUGCCAGCUCAGUUGCAUAUCUUUCCAUUGCUUCAUUCAGUCUCUGGCUUUGAAUAUGUGAAUGUUCUAGCCCUUCUCCAAAUUCUUUAUAAUCUUGCUAAGUACCUUUACAUGGAAGCAUUCAAUUUUGAUAUUGAAAGCUCUGUUUAAUACGAAAUGAUGAAAUGAAAAAUGGGAAAACAAAAAUGAUGAAUUUAAAGCCUUGCAAUAUAAAGCAAAUUCAUGGAUUCAAAGUAUAUCCGGUCACUAAAAUUAUAGCAGUUUUGUUGAUGAAAUUAUGAAGAAUUUGGAGAUUGAGCUGCCUUAUUUCUAAUGAACAUUCCUCUUCACCUAUUAAGUCUUCACAGUUUUUCCAGUGGCUGUAAUUAUGAAAUUAGUGAUCUUCUGUCUUAUAUUAUCAAGGAAGCCUUAGAUUCACUAUGAUCCAAGGAAUUAUUGAAAAUUGACCCUUUUAUACAGUCUACAAAUAUCUUUCAGAAAAGCCUCUUGUUUCUAAAAGGCCACAAAUGCAUGCAUUUUUCUAAAGCCCCCGGAGGACCAGUCAUAAAAACCCCUUUCUAUUGGCACGUGUCACGAAGCCUAUCUUUUGAAAACAAUAAUAAUUGAUUUCUAUUACCUUAUUUUUCUCCCAAGCCUUUCAGUAUUUAGGCUUUCAAAGCAUGCACCAGUUAAAUAAUUUUCCUAUCAUGAAAAUAAGUUCCAAAUUCUUGAUUAGUUAUACAUCUCCCACAUUCCCUCCCGUCCUGUUCACCAUGCAUACGCCAUUAUGAACCUGUUUCAUUUAUGAUGAGGAUGCCUAUAAUUAUGUAGUUAUUUCACAUAUUUGAUACAACUGAAAAUAUGAGCUCAGUAAAUUCUAAAAGUUACCAUGUGAUAUUGGCUCGUGACAUUCUUUUGUCAUCUAAUGAAGCUUACAGAACUUUAAGUUAAGACAUUUAAAAGAGCUGUAUCCAUUAGGCACUUUAAUAAACAUAUAACCUGCCAUUACUGAAUACUUUGUUAGAGCACAGAAGAGCAUUUUCCAGCAAAUGAAAAUAUAUUUAUUACAUGUACAGCACAUAUUUGCAUGAGAAAGAGAACAUUAGCCAAAACAUUUUUCUAUAUGCUUUACUGGUUUCUUGUUUGUGCGCAUUAAAAGUAUUUAAUUGCAAAGAGUGCAUCAAGGUGAUAAAUUUAGACUAGACAGCUGUUCAGCUUUUUCUGUAGUAGCAUUAGCAAUCUGGUCAUUUAACUACUUUAAGGUAUUUACAUUUUAUGGCAGGUAGCUGCAACAGCUUUUACAUAUAUUUCCUAGUCAGCAAGAUUACCAUAUUCUUUCAACUUUUAAAAAUCACUUGUUUUUUAAAAGCCUCUCGAAGCCUUGUUUUUCAGUCUUCCAUGUCAUGCUGAUAGAGAGAGAGGUCCAUUCAAUAUCUGUGCACAAAACCAAUCUGUCAUUUACCAUCACGUGUCUGUACCUGUUUCGCUUUGCAUUCUUAUUCAAAAGCUAACAAUCUUGGAAAGGGUAUAAUGUAUAUUUUCUUGAUGGAUAUCUUCAAAUUUUUACUUUGAUUCGGCAUAUUCUUUUCCAUUCCUUUUGUAAUUAGUAAGUUUAUCUUCUCCAAAUGAAAAAGAAAUAUGCAUUUUCUUUUUUUAAGUGUUAGAGUUUACUGUGUAAAUGAUACUUAAAUACACAUAUAUACUAAAUGAAAGUUUUAUUUUUGCCAAGCAUAUCAAGCACCUUUGAAAAAUACGUAUUCCUCAAAUACUUUGUUUUUAACUGACAUCAUUUCAAAAUAGCAAAUGAUAAGCAGGAGAAACAAGUCUUACAAUGUUUUGAGGCUGUUUUAACUUGUAGUGUAAAUCAUAUAUUCUCUAACUUCAGUAUAUAUAAUAUCAGAAUAUGUAAGUUACAUAUUCUGUAACUUCAGGACUGCGAACAUGUAACAUUGUAGACACGUGAUGAUGUGGAAAUGUAGUUCUGGAAAAAAGGGAAUGCAAUUUGUCAAUCCUGAUGUUAAUUCUCAAGGCUAUAAUGUGACUCCAAUAUUAUAAUCAACAAUGUUAUCUUGUUUACGCCAGUAUUUAAAGCAACACUUGGAAAUGUUUAUAAAUAAUUGAUUAUUCUCUCUUAUCUUUAUACAGUUCUAUUGGAAAGAAAAUUGAAAUUAACAAUUCAGACUGAUAGUCUUUCCUAAUAAGAGAGUCUUAAUUAUGUGACGAUACGUCAUCGCACUUAGUCCUUAAUGAAAUGAAUUUUUUUAAUAUAAAACAAAUUCUAAGAAAAUUAUUUAUUCCCUUUGAAUAAUUUGUUAAUUACUUUAAUUAUUAUUGUUGUUGUUUGCAAAAUGUAUUUUUGGAAUGUUAACCUCUUUUCAUACCUGCAUACUUGAACUUGUCUUUUGUGUGGGGGCCUUAAAAUUCAUACUAGGAAGCUAGGUCAGUGAAAGAGAGGGAGAGAAGGAAAAUAUGCCAAAAGAUGGUUUGCAAAUUUAAACUCUGAAUGAACAUAUCAUAAAAUGUUGUUGAGACCCAGGAUGUCAGUUAAGAAUGUUUCUAGGCAACUUUAAUUUGCAUGCUAGUGUAUUUUUUCAGUUAUACAAUUUUACUUUGGUAUUUGCUAAAAAUCAAAAAUGAUAUAAUGCCACUAUAGAAAUUGCCCUACAUAUUAAUAUUUAUACUACCUCUUCUCUAGAGAAGGCAAUCUGUCUUUAAAGAGAAAAACACUUUUCAAUAAGUAGUGAUCAAAUUUAUUACUCUUACUGCUGACCCAGCUAUGAAACUAAAUCCAUAAAUUCUUAAAAUAUAAUUUCCCUUUAAAUUUUAAACUAUAUCCAAAAUACUCUUGUCACCCUUCAGUUCUUCCAUGUUAGUGAAGUUAUCUUUGAAUUGGUUCACAGUUUACCCGCGCACAAGGUUAAUUUAAGAUAUCAGUCAUCAUAGGGAACAAAACGAACUGCAAGGGAAUUGCCUUUGUGUGCAACUUGUUAUAACAUCUAGCUCUAAGCCUGCAAGGAUAGAUCCAGAGGCUUGAUAUUUAUACGCAACUGGUUUGAAUAUUCAAAUUUUGUUGAUCCUUAAUGUCUCCUGUGGGCAGCCAUUUACUAGGUGAAGGUAUGCAUUAUCUUGGACUCCCAUGUCAUUGGCACAAAUUCCAGAUAAAUGUUUUAAAUAAAUGGGAAUGUACCCCUUAUUUCUUUUAUAUUUAUGGCUUUAUGUUUCAUGACAGUGUUGCCUGUUGUUUUCUUUUUAAUUAUAUAAAACUCAUCUUUGGAUGACUGUAUGAAUAAAAACAGCAAAUUAUGUAAUAAAAUUUGUUUUAUUAGUUCCUCA